AUGACACGAGUGGAUGGAGGAGGCUGUGGUGGUGGCCAGGUGAGCAUGGCAAACCCCGUGGGUGUUUGUUUGCGUGAUUUUUCGGAGAAGUGUGCACGCGUGUGCGAAGCCUGUCUAGCUCAGUUGGUAGAGCGCAAGACUCUUAAUCUUGUGGUCGUGGGUUCGAGCCCCACGCGUGACUUUUCGGAGAAGUGUGCACGCGUGUGCGAAGCCUGUCUAGCUCAGUUGGUAGAGCGCAAGACUCUUAAUCUUGUGGUCGUGGGUUCGAGCCCCACGGUGGGCGACUACCAAUGA